AUGAGACGUGAGCACUUACAACUCAAGAUCCUUUUGACUCCUCUUUCGACGGAAAUAGCCAUAUUUCGACUGCAUUACAACCAACGGAUGACCAACUUCACAUACCGUGAUGGCAUUGCCGUCCUGCAGCUCAUCGCAUUCAUUCCGUGUCUAAUCUUCGCCACCGUGCUCUGCUUCAAGCAGGGCAUCCGAGCCGUCUCUGCCUGCUGGCGCUUCCUGCUCAUCCUCGGUCUCCUGCGCGUCAUUGCUGCCAUCUGCCAGCUUCUUCUCAUGACCCACAGCGAUCGCAGCAUCGUCGUCACCAAGCUGACCUGCGACAUGCUCGGUAUUGCGCCCCUGACCCUUGCCGCCGUCGGCCUGCUCCGCCGCGUCAACGAAACCGUCCAGACCCUCUCCAAGCACGUUUUCCUCUUUGUCGACGUCGUCAGUCUUGCUGGUCUAGGUGUCGGUAUUGGCGGUGCUGUCCAGGCGGUGGACAGCAGCAACAUUCCGCUUCUUCUCAAGAUCGCUCUCGCCCUCUUCGUUGCCUGCCUGGGGCUCAUGUUCUGCAUCCUCGGCUGGCUGACUGCUUCUGUGAACCUUUUACCGCGCAACGAGAGACUCACACUCUACUCCAUCUACGUCUGCGCACCCUUCCUCAUUGUGCGCAUGGUCUACGCGUGCAUCGGUGACUUUGGCCACGACCCUCGCUUCAGCAUCUUUGACGGCGAUCCCACCAUCUUCCUCUGCAUGUCCGUUCUCGAGGAGAUCAUCAUCAUGAUCAUCUGCCUCUACGUCGGCUACAUGUACCCACCAACGGUUCUCAAGAGCACCGCCCCCAAGUCUCGCUACAUGAGCGAGGCUUAG